AUGUCUGAUUUGAAUAGACAGCUUAGUUUCUGUAAAAAGGCCAAAAUGCGUGUUUUGGGCGUAGUAGAAAACAUGAGUGGGAUAGAAUGCAUAGAAUGCGGUCACAUCAAUGACGUAUUUGGUACUGGAGCAGUUGAACUAUUCAGUACCAAAAACAGCCUUGUUUUUUUAGGCAGAAUAAAUUUCAGUAUCAAAAUGUGCAGGGAACUCGAUUCUGGUCAAAUUGAACACGAUGAAAAUAUCGCACAAAUUUGUAGCGGAAUAAGAAAAGCAAUGAAUUUUUAA